UUCAGGAGCGGUUGUGCGAUCAGAUCGAUCUAAGAUGGCGACUGUGGAACCGGAAACCACCCCAACUCCUAAUCCCCCACCUACAGAAGAAGAGAAAACAGAAUCUAAUCAGGAGGUUGCUAACCCAGAACACUAUAUUAAACAUCCACUACAGAACAGAUGGGCGCUUUGGUUUUUUAAAAAUGAUAAAAGCAAAACUUGGCAAGCAAACCUUCGACUGAUCUCUAAAUUUGAUACUGUUGAAGACUUUUGGGCUCUGUACAACCAUAUCCAGUUGUCUAGUAAUUUAAUGCCUGGCUGUGACUACUCACUUUUUAAGGAUGGUAUUGAGCCCAUGUGGGAAGAUGAAAAAAACAAAAGAGGAGGACGAUGGCUAAUUACAUUGAACAAACAGCAGAGACGAAGUGACCUCGAUCGCUUUUGGCUAGAGACACUGCUGUGCCUUAUUGGAGAAUCUUUUGAUGACUACAGUGAUGAUGUAUGUGGAGCUGUUGUUAAUGUUAGAACUAAAGGUGAUAAGAUAGCAAUAUGGACUACUGAAUGUGAAAACAGAGAAGCUGUUACACAUAUAGGGAGGGUAUACAAGGAAAGGUUAGGACUUCCUCCAAAGAUAGUGAUUGGUUAUCAGUCCCAUGCAGACACAGCUACUAAGAGCGGCUCCACCACUAAAAAUAGGUUUGUUGUUUAAGAAGACACCUUCUGAGUAUUCUCAUAGGAGACUGCGUCAAGCAAUCGAGAUUUGGGAGCUGAACCAAAGCCUCUUCAAAAGCAGAGUGGACUGCAUUUAAAUUUGAUUUCCAUCUAAAUGUUGCUAAGAUAUAAGAGAAGUCUCAUUCGCCUUUGUCUUGUACUUCUGUGUUCAUAUAUUAUUAUUAUUUUUUUUAAUUUUGGCUAGCAUAUCCACUACCUAAUCAAAGAAUUACAGUACACAUCAUCCCCAGAAUCCAUAAAUGUGUUCUUGGCCCACUCUGUAAUAGCUUAGUAGAAUUAUAUUACAAACACAUUUACCCAUCCACUAUAUUCAAAAAAGAACUUGGCAUUUCUAUACCUUAAAGGAAAAAAAAUUCAAUGUUCCAUUGUAUGCAGGAGCAUAUUUUGCUGGUUUGGAAGAAUAUGAUGCAUACAGUUUUCUAGCAAUUUUCUUUGUUUCUUUUUACAGCAUUGUCUUUGCUGUACUCUUGCUGAUGGCUGCUAGAUUUUAAUUUAUUUGUUUCCCUACUUGAUAACAUUAGUGAUUCUGAUUUCAGUUAUUCAUUUUGUUUUGCUUUUGUUUUUUUCUUCAUGUAACAUUGGUGAAGGAUCCAGGAAUAUGACACAAAGGUGGAAUAAACAUUAAUUUGUGCAUUCUUUGGUAAUUUUUUUGUUUUUUUUUGUAACUACAAAGCUUUGCUACAAAUUUAUGCGUUUCAUUCAAAUCAGUGAUCUAUGUUUGUGUGAUUUCCUAAACAUAAUUGUGGAUUUUUAAAAAUGUAACAUCAUAAUUACAUUCCUAACUAGAAUUAGAAUGUCUGUUUUUGUAUCUUUAUGCUGUAUUUUAACACUUUGUAUUACGUAGGUUAUUUUGCUUUGGUUAAAAUGGCUCAAGUAGAGAAGCGGUCCCGUUCAUAUUAAGACAGUGUACAAAACUGUAAAUAAAAUGUGUACAGUGAAUUGCCUUUCAGA